AUGGGAUUGCAGGCUCAGGAAAGGGCCGCAGCUUAUGCUCAGACAGCUAAGGCCGCCCCGAUAGCUGGUAAUGAAAGAAAUCAGGCCAAUCCAGGGCAGGCCCAACCAGCAGGGGUUAGACUGAUGCCCCAUCUAGUGGAGCAAUUUAUGAAAUUGAAGCCGCCUAAGUUUACGGGAAAAGGUGACCCCGAGGCUGCACCGAAGUGGGUAGAGGAACUGGAAAAGGCGUUUGAGGUGUUGGGGUGCACCGAGCAGGAGAAAGUGACCCUAGCCGUUUAUCAGUUGCAGGACAAUGCGAGUGAUUGGUGGAAGGCCACCAAGGGAAGAGUAUUUCCGGAAGGUGUCGCUCAGACUUGGGCCGUGUUUAUUGAAAAUUUUUAUGGGAAAUACUUCUCGGAUAGUGCCAGGGAAAGAAAGAUAGCAGAAUUUGUGCGACUCCGCCAGGGUCAGAUGACUGUCGAUCAGUAUGAGGCGGAAUUCGCUAGAUUGUCUAAGUUUGCGCCGAGGAUGGUGGAACAUCCCGAAGAUAAGGCGCGAAAAUUUCGAGAAGGAUUGAGGCCUGACAUUCGUACCCUGUUGAUACCUUCCAACCUGAGAACCUAUGAGGACAUCUAUGAUAGAGCUUAG